UUUGUUACAAAAAAUAAUUGAAUAUUGCAAAAAUAAAUGAUGUUUUCCGACGAGGAAAUAAAAGAAAUACCAGAGAGCACUUUCAUGAGACCGGGCGACGAGAUAAUAAGCAUCCGCGAAGUGUGUCUGAGUGACAAGUUUGACAAAAAGGAUUUGGGAUAUCGUAACGAGCCACUUCUGUCUACUACUGCCACAAGUGAUUUGGAUGUUUCCCGUUCUCUCUUCCGCGAUGGUUUCUUUCCGGAGAAUACGGCGAGAUUUGCAUGGACUGAAGAAGAUGGAAUUAUUGCCUCUUUCGUGUCUGGACCACCGUUUAGCCUCGAACAGGCCAAUUUCUCAAAACACUUAGAAAAGGAGUUGAAGAAUGAUAUAAAGAUGGAAGCUGAUACGUCGAGUUCAUUUCAAACCACCAAUCGUAACGGCAUAACGUUCGCUAAGAAACCCGGUAGUGAUCCCCAGCUUGUUACUUCUACGACCCCAGCUAAUUCAGGAACCGAUCGUGGCAAAAACGGUCAAGGUCCAUUUAAGGUGGACAAGGCAGAUCCUCGCUCCAGAUUUCAUUUUGUCAAGUACGUGAAGAGACACGGUCGUACUGUCAAGUUGUGGGAGUGUGGAAUGUGUAGUCGAGAGUUUCAACACCAGUAUACUCUAAUGCGUCACCUUCCAACGCAUACUGACGAGAGGAACUUCCACUGCAGCGCCUGUGGCAAGAGUUUCCGUCAACUGUCCACCCUCAGUCAGCAUCGUGCCAUACAUUCUGCUGAAAGACCUUAUGCUUGUGAGGUAUGCAAUAAGACUUUCAAUCGAGUCUCUACCCUCAUCUCUCAUCGCAAGACUCAUUCUGAUGAAAAACCCUACAGGUGUCAUAUUUGUCCUAAAGGCUUCCACCAGAAAGGAAACUUGCGCAAUCAUCUAUUCACUCACACCAACGCACGGCCGUAUCGUUGUAACAUCUGCCUUAAAGGAUUCAACCAGCAAUCAAAUCUUGUUUGCCACAAAAAUAAGGCACAUCCUGAUGAUGACUGCUUCACCAUUGCUCCUCAAAAUAGAAGUGCUACAUAUCCCCCGCCCUUGAAUACCGAGAAUCAGUCGGAUUCUACUAGAUCACCACCUGACCAAUGUGAAGUCACUUCCUCUGUAGGCCCUUAUUUACCGGCAGUCGGAGGUCCGUCCACUUCCACAUGGAAACCUUGGGAAUUUUCCAAACCUCUGUCUGAAUCUGGUGAUGUUUGGAAUGAUGCUGCAUGGAGUUCUACAGGCAAUGGUGUGAUUGUGGAUCCUAUAAAAACGUAUCAUAUGGGAGUUGCUCUAGCCACCAGGCAAACACCAUUUGCUUUACUCAAACCUGAAAACAGCACUCCGGUUUUGGUUAAAGUGAUUGAUACGAAGCUUCCUGGUGGGAAACAGAUGUUGGUACCGGCUACAGCGAAGGAUUUAAGGGUCGGUGGAAAAAUAGUACUGAAUAAUGAAGAUAAUUCCUCAGUAAAGGAAGGAGAUACCACAGUUGAUCCAGAAGUAGCUGGUGCUGUGCAAAUAAGAGUUCCGGUGGUCGCGACAGUGGUACCCAGGUUCCAAUCUGGUGGUAGACUGCAUCUCGCCGUCGAGGAGCCACAUCACGCAUACCACACCGCUCUUUCUACUGACGUAGGUCCAGUGAAACUAGAACCGUGUACAGGUGAAGCCGACUUUUCAAUCUCAGCAUCCUCCAGUGCAUUGACAGACUUGGAUCCACUCCGGACGACCGCCCCAUCUGUUGAUUUCCACGAUUCAGUACUAAAAUCAGGUGUAAGGAUAUCGUCUAGCUGUGCCCUGCCGCCGCCAGCUCCGUCCCCGCCCCUCGACCUCAUUUCCAUGGAUCUGUUUGAACCCAUGGAGUGUAUACCGAUGGGACCGCAAAUAACUGCCGUGGACAUUGUAGAACACCCGCCUCCGUCUGAUGACUCCGACAUAUUCAUUGGAGAAUUUGAAGACAGUAUCGCGCUAUCGGAUUCAGAUUGAAUUUUAUUUUAAAAGUUUAUUUAUAUUGUUUAUUUUAUUUUUUUGGUUUGAAAAUGUUUGAAGAAUUACCGGUUCGAUUUUAGU